AUCUUGCAUUCGACGAUUAGCUAUCCUGGCUGGCCAUGUUCAACCUGGUCUUGCAUAAUAAUGUCUUGGCGUGGCCAUGUUCCCCAUAACCCUCUACCAUACAUAGCCUAGCCUGGCCAUUUUGCUCGCGUACCCUGGCCGUAUAGGCCUGGCCAUGAUAACCCUGGCCAUGUACACCCUCGACCCUGUACAUUGCCAAGAUUUCGGGUGACCUCGAUCAUUAAUUCCCAAGCUUCUACGAGAUGAACGGCCAAGAUUUCAAAAGAUCGAGAUUUGGCCGGCCAAGAUUUCAAGAGAUCGAGAUUUGGCCAAGAUUUCUAAGGACGCGGAUGCGGUGUGGUCAUUACAUUCAAAUUGAUGUAGGUCUGAGUCGUGAUCAUUACGUUUGAUCUUCAUAGAGGAUCCAUUUAGCAAACUUUGCGAAGAAACCUACUUGAGGCCUUGAUGAGGAGUACAUUACAUUAAUACUGGAGGAUCUUCUCUCUAAGUUUCAUAUUAGAAAUAAGAAAAUAUUGACAAUGAAUGAAGAUUUAAAAUCGUAUAUUGAGUUUUAUCAUAGACUUGGUUUGCCACAUAAAGAAAUUGCCAUUUUAUUGAAAACAAAACAUAAUCAACAUUACAGUGUUGAGUAUCUAAAGAGGAAAGUUAUUCCCAAGUUACACUUAAACAACAGGAGAGGAUCUGCGCAACUUACAAAUUUUGAUGAUAUUUUACAAGCUAUACUGCUUGAAAUGUCUCUAAAGCCAGAUAGAAGUGUAUCCGAUGUGUUCUUUAGAUUGAGAUUUAUUUAUGGAUACAUUGUUAGAAGAAAACUGGUACGAGAAAUAAUGACCACUUUAGACCCUAAAGGAAUGUCCAGAAGGAAAGGCAAUAAACUUAAAAGAAGGCAGUACCUCAGUAAAGGUCCAAAUUGGAUAUGGCAUAUAGACCAGUAUGAUAAGUUGAGUCCAUACGGAAUACACAUCUGUGGCUGUAUUGAUGGGUUUUCUCGCUACGUGCUUUGGUGCGAAGCAGGAAUCAGUAAUAAAAACCCAAAGAAAAUUGCAGCAUAUUUUAUAAACACAUUAGAACAAGUUAAUGGAUAUCCACAUAUUGUAAGGGGUGAUGCAGGAACAGAGAAUGGGACUGUAGCAGCCAUCCAGAACUUCUUAAGAGAAGAUGAUGAAGAUUCUUUCUGCAAAAAAGCCUUUAUUUAUGGCAAAUCAACACAUAAUCAGAGGAUUGAGAGAUGGUGGGGUAUUUUACGAGGGAAAUGUACAGAUCGAUGGAUACAUCAUUUUAAGGAAUUGGAAAAGGAUGGCCAUUUUACAAUCGGGGAAAAACUGCAUAUAACAUUAGUUCAAUAUUGUUACAUGCAAAUUAUCAGGAAAGAAUUGGAGGAGGUGAAAUUGGCAUGGAAUUACCAUAGAAUCAGGAAGCAAAAAACAGGCGAUGUUGUUCCUGGGAUUCCAGAACUCCUUUAUCAUGUUCCAGAAAUGUUAGGCAAUCCACAGUGCCGAAAUUACAUUCAUCAAAUCAAUGUUAACGAUGAAAAGUUUCAGUUCCUUAAGGACCAAUGCUGCUUUGAAAAUGACCUGGAUAAAGACACUAAGGAAGCUCUUGAUGUCAUUUGUGACAAUUACCAUCCUUCAACAGAACUAGAAGCAAAAACAAUGUAUAUAACACUAAAAGAUAUACUGGAACAAUACAUUUAUCAAUAGGUUGUAAUGAAUUCUUGAUCUGAUUUAUAAAUACGUAAUAUAUUCCUAUAAUUCUCUUCCUUUUUUGUAUGUUUUCACCAGCACUGUAACAUACACUUUUUUUAUAUUAGUCUUUUA